ACUAGAAGAGCUGUUCCUUCCACUCCUCACAUCACAGGCGCCUCUCUUCUCUUGCUGUGUCAUGCCAGCAGGUUUAUCUGAAAAGCCCGCUGGAACCUACCAUCCUAUGCACGGAGCGCAUAGAGAGAGAGAACGGUGAGCUGGGGACAGGGGGCUUGGGGUUUGGCUUGAACUCGCAUCUGUUUGCGACCAGAGGAAGAGAGGGGACGCUCUGCGUUGGCGCUUUAGGGACACACCCUGCCUGUCCUAGAGCGGUGCAGUGUGAUGAGAGACUGAGCGAGACCACGAGGGGCAGCUGCAGCCUUGUGGAGAGGGAGGGAUGGGAAUGCUGAAUCAGUGAAACUACAUAAAAGGUCCAGGAGAGGUGGGACGGGUGGGUAAAUGGCAGGGAGAGAAAGGUACCAGCUGGGGUAGGUGGAGAAAGAUGAGCCGCAUGAUUCCUUUUCACUCGGUUCAUCAAUAAUCUAUCAGAUUUACGUUUUCAUAGUGUUUCGGCGAUGUCUAGUUCCCAAAGAAACUUUAAGCUGAAGUAAAUCUCUAGGGACUUUGGUUUAAAGCCGAUCUUUUCCCUUACAGUUCCCAGCAGGCCUGAGAACCAAGAAGCACCAGCCACGUGAUCUCGCAUCCUUACCCUAAAUGGUUUACUCUGUCAGAUGCAGCUGGAUGAGCCGGUGCUUUUGCCAAGGUUGUGCCGCGUCGCCGUCUGUGGCGGCACGCAUGGCAACGAGCUGUCAGGAGUGUACUUGGUGCGAGAGAUGCUGAAGACGGAGACGAGAAGAGAGGACGGAGAGCCCGCGUCUGUGCUGAUGGUGCUGUCCAACCCUCGGGCCAUGCAGCAGUGCCGCAGAUAUGUGGACACCGAUCUGAACCGCUGCUUCACCCACGCGACCCUCAACGGUCCCGUAUCAGACGGGACCCCCUAUGAGAUCAUGCGGUCCCGUGAACUGAACGCCAUGCUGGGUCCCAAAGGCAGCCGGGCCGCGGUGGAUCUCGUCUGUGACCUCCACAACACCACUGCCAACAUGGGCCUGUGCUUCAUUGCUUAUUCUGACUCUGACUGGAUCUGUCUUCACAUAUUCAGAUACCUGCAGAAGCAGAUGCCAGAUACGCCCAUGAGAUUCAUCCAUUUUGAUGUCUCUAAUAAAGAAUCGUAUUCCCUCGAUUCGAUCGGAAAACACGGCUUUGCCAUGGAGAUCGGUCCACAGCCCCACGGGUGUGUCAAGUCGGACAUCUACACGGCAAUGAAAGAAGGCGUGCAGCACAUGCUGGAUUGGGCCGGCUAUUUUAACUCAGGUUGUCUGUUUGAAGGAGGAUUAGUUGACGUGUUCACCAUGGUGAAAAACGUCGACUACCCGAGAGACGGCGAGACCCGCAACAUCAUGGCGACCAUCCAUCCCCGCCUGCAGGACCGAGACUUCUGCCUGCUCCACCCCGGAGACCCGCUGUUCCAGACAUUCUCGGGAGAAACCCUGACGUACAAUGGCAACGAACCGCUUUAUCCCUUCUUCAUCAACGAAUGCGCUUACUAUGAGAAGGGCAUCGCGCUCUCCCUGGCCAGAAAGAAGUGCGUGACCAUCCCUUCCAUCAGGGCUCAAACCGAGGAGGAGGAGGAGCAAGCGAGCGAGCAGAGUUUUGCAUCAGAGGAAGAGGAGUGAAGAUGUCCUUCAUAUGAGA